GUUGUGGUUGGGAACGUUGAGGCACGUUAGUAAAAAUAUUUUAAACAACGAAUUAAUGAGUCCUAGAGAGUACCUUGAUGUACUCGCUCGUUACCGGUUGCAGGGCGAUGUAUUUUUUAUAAAAGUUAAAAAGAUCGUUGGUCUCCCACGGAAUGGCUAUUAUUCCGUCGAAAUUAACUCUAGACAUAAAUCAAUUCGGACCAAGUCGAAAUAUAAAGGACACUGGAACGAAACUUUUAUGCUAGUUGGAUCUGAAUCUGAAGCGAUCAAUUUUAAUAUUUAUGAAGGAAGCUAUCUUUCUAGUACUGUAGUAGCCUCAGGUCCACUGCCAAACAACACUCAUGGAAAAUACAAAGUUGUUAGUUCUAACAAUGAAAAGUUUCAGUUGAAAGUAAAAGUUACGUGUUUGAAAAAAUUUAAUUCGGAGGUUGUUGACUCUCGCUCACCGACACCAACUCUCACUUCUGCUUCCGAAAUGUUUAUCACCAAUCCCACAAUGCGAUCUUCACCGGGGUUUCCUCCUGGUUAUGAAUUUAAAUUAGAUCCGCGUGGCCGUAUUUAUUAUAUAAACCACCACACAAAAACUACUUCGUGGGAACCUUUUCCUGAAAUUAAACAUCUUGUUUCCAACUUACGCUUAAGUUCGGAUUCCCCUAUAGCAACACCAUCCUUGUCGCAAUCUAAUGAAACUCUUUUUAAAGUUCAUCAACCAAAUAAUAACCGCACGGUUGAACCAAGUAAUAGUGUGACCAGUAGACCACUCCCUCCCGGUUGGGAGGAAAGACGGACCCCUUCCGGACGCCUUUACUAUAUAGACCACAAUUCUAAACGAACAACUUGGACCCGACCCGGAGGAACUGUAGCCCCCCAAACCAACAGAGAAGAACUUCUUCCUUCAUCUGAAGAGUCUCUUCCUUCUGGUUGGGAAUUGCGCCACACACCCCAUGGGCAUCCAUAUUAUGUCAAUCACAAUACUCGUACUACCCAGUGGGUGCAUCCCAACUCCUCUACCCUUCGACGCGCGUUACCACCUGGAUGGACCCAAUCCGUAACUCCGGACGGGCGAGUUUUUUUUAUUGAUCAUAAUAGACGAAUCACAUCCUAUCAGGACCCCCGUUUGAGCUAUCUUCCGGAGAGUUGUCCAGAAAUUCCUAAAUAUGAACGUGAUUUCCAACAAAAAGUGACUGCGCUAAGGAGCAAGCUGAGCCCUCUACCAGGGGAAAUUGUUUUGUUUUUUAACCGAAAUGCUGUUUUUCAAAGUUCUUUUGAAGUUCUUACAAAGUUUGAUUCGUCAUAUUAUAAGUUCAGUCUUCUUAUUAAGUUUCUUGGCGAAGAGGGGCUCGACUAUGGCGGUGUUAGCCGCGAAUGGUUUCAUUUGCUCUCCUUAGAAUUCACCAAUCCCAAUUAUGCUCUUUUUAAGUACUCCAAUGAUAGCCACACAAAUAUUGUGAUCAAUCCGCAGUCUGGGAUUAACCCUGAACAUAUUCACUAUUUUACAUUUGUUGGAAAAGUUAUUGGCUUGGCGCUUUUUCACAAUAAAAUCAUCUCUUGCAGUUUUACUUUACCUUUUUAUAAAAUUAUACUCGGCAAGCCUUUAACUGUUGCUGAUCUUGAACAUAUUGAUCCCGUUCAUUAUAAAAGUUUGCGUUGGAUUCUAGAUAAUGAUAUUGAUGACUUGGAAAUGGGCUUAUAUUUUACAAUUGAUUAUAAAGUUUUUGGUGAGCUGAAAACCCACGAGCUAAUCCCCAACGGUUCGUCCGUCGAAGUAACGGAUGAGAAUAAACAUCUUUAUGCAGAACUCAUUGUUCAAUGGCGAAUAUACGACUCUGUUAAGCUGCAGACAGAAGCUUUUUUGAAGGGCUUCCACGAUUUUGUCCCUCAUGAGUAUAUCUCAAUGUUUGACGAAAAGGAACUGGAAUUGCUGAUUUGCGGCAUUGUGGAGAUAUCAGUGGAUGAUUGGAAAAAAAACAGCGUUUAUAAGAAUUUUAAUGAGGACUCUCCACAAGUCAAGUGGUUCUGGGAGUUUGUGCGUGAGAUGGAUACUCAGCAUCGUGCAAGACUGUUACAAUUUAUUACAGGCACCAGCCGUGUACCAGUCGGUGGCUUUCGUGGACUUCAGGGGUCCAGUGGCCCUCAGUUAUUUUGCCUUGAAAAAAUCCCUGGUGACACUGACCUUCCCCAAAGCCACACAUGCUUUAACCGCCUUUCUAUUCCGGAAUAUAAAAGUUAUGAAGAACUUAAAAGGAAACUUUUUUUCGCCAUCGAGGAAACUGAAGGAUUUGGAGAAGAAUAA